GGGCACUAGAUACCUUUUGUGGAAUCGAUCCGUGUUUUAGGAGCUAUAACGCGAACUGUGAUCAUCGCCAAUCUGCUGACAAGCUCAGUGCCGAAAACCUGCGCCUGCUCGCCAUAAUUCACUUCCGCCCUAAGUUUAAAGGGCGAAGCAGAAGCGGUUUACACCGUACAUGCCGGCAUUUAACAGCAUUUAAGGGGCGGUGGCAACCGCACUUCCUCAUACGGCAAUGGGGAUCUCGGGACUGGGCGCUCUCGGGAUAAGUACGUAAUAACGAUGCGUUCACAAUUCGCAGUACGUGAUGUAGAGUUCGUGGUACUACUCUUGUUCCCCUUGUAUUAUAUGCAGGCCAACAGGCAGGACUAUGUCGUGAUAUGUGCUGAUAGCUUAUGAGCGAUUGAUCCACUGCCAGUUGUAACAGACGACUCACCCAAAUCAGUACAAAACCCUUUUCUGGCGAACUGGCAUCAUAACCGAGUCAUCGGCCAAUAAAAGAAUCUACAUUACUGAUUUUGAAAUGAUGAAAUAGAUCAGUUUUUCUCGAUAUGGAUGAGAGGAUGUAUCCUCGCAAUAAUGAUGUCAUGAUUUGUAACAUCGUGGAUGAAAAUGGAUAAUAUGGCCACCGUGGUGAUCUUAUGUAAUAGUAUCUGUGGAUUAUUGUUCGUCAGCGGUUGUAAGCUAAACAAGACGACACCUUAAAGCCGAAAGCAUGGCAUCCACCAAGAAUAUGGCCUUCAGCAUGUCCGCCAUCCGCAACAUUGCCAACCAAAAUGUGGAUAACCCUGGAAGUGUGGGAGAGCAAGAGCAACCGGAAAGGAAAAAGCCAGGACGAUAUCAGGGGCCUAUUAGGCGAUUUUGGUUUAAAACAACGGGCUUCUUAGGCCUCCGCACAAAUCCAGACAAAAAACCGACGUCCCUGUUCAUCUUCUCAGAAGAAAACUGUUUACGCCGAUUAGCCAUUAAAAUCAGUAAACACGAGAAAUUUGAAUACGUGGUGCUCAUUACUAUCGUCUGCAACUGUAUCGUCCUGGCUAUGGAGGAACAUCUUCCCAAUGACGAUAAAACCAUGCUUUCAAUCCAGCUAGAAAAAACGGAGAAUUACUUCAUGGCCAUGUUUUGUUUUGAAGCGACAUUAAAAAUUCUGGCUCAAGGUUUUGUUCUUCAUAAAGGAUCAUAUUUGCGAAAUUUCUGGAAUAUAAUGGAUUUUACGGUAGUCGUAACCGGAUUUCUUACAAUCGUUGCGUCAGACGCAUCUUCUUCCGGUUUUGAUCUACGCACACUGCGGGCAGUGCGUGUACUGCGGCCUUUAAAGCUGGUAUCCGGUGUACCAAGCCUUCAAGUUGUCCUUAAAUCAAUUAUUCGAGCCAUGGCACCCUUGCUACAAAUUGGCUUGCUUGUACUUUUCGCCAUUCUCAUAUUCGCCAUUAUCGGAUUAGAAUUCUAUUGUGGGGCCUUUCAUCACACGUGUUUCAACAAAACUACUCAUGAGCCAGUCAGGAUAGGCGGUGUGCCUACACCGUGCGGCAACAAUACAAGCAAUUCGGCAACUGGUCCCCAGUCAUGUGGGGAAGGAGCCGUAUGCCAUCGCUGGUGGAUUGGGCCAAAUUACGGGAUUACAAGUUUUGACAAUAUCGGCUUUGCCAUGUUAACCGUCUUCCAGUGCAUUACAAUGGAAGGCUGGACCAGUGUUUUGUACUACACGGAUGAUGCACUUGGAAGCAUGUUUAACUGGGCCUACUUUGUACCGUUAAUUAUUGUCGGGUCGUUUUUUAUGCUGAAUUUAGUUCUUGGUGUCCUCAGCGGAGAAUUUGCCAAGGAGAGAGAGCGCGUCGAGAAUCGUCAAAAAUUUUUGAAAGAUCGCCGGAAAUUGCAAGUGGAGCGAGAACUAAACGGGUAUUUAGACUGGAUCUGUAAAGCAGAAGAGGUUAUACUGCAAGAAGAAAAAACUACCGAUGAAGAAAAAAUGCGUAUUAUCGAAGCACGCAGGAGAGCAGCUGCCAAGAAAAAUCGAUUAAAAAACAAAAAGAAAGAAAACAAUGUUACUGAUGAAAAAGAGGCAGAUAACGACGAUGAUGAUGCAGAUGAUGAUGGGGACGACGACGAUGAUGCUCCGGGAGGCAGAACAAAAGAGAGUUUCUCAAAGUCGUUCCAUCGCGUGAAUAAGAGAUUGAGGUUAAACAUCAGGAAAGCUGUGCGGACACAAAAAUUUUACUGGUGCGUUAUUAUACUGGUUUUUCUCAAUACCAUGUGUGUCGCUGUGGAACACAAAGGGCAACCGGCAUUCCUGACCACCUUUCUGUAUUAUGCGGAAUUUGGAUUUCUGGGGAUAUUUUUGAUAGAAAUGCUGAUAAAGUUAUACAGCAUGGGAUACAGUGCCUACUUCCAUUCCAGCUUUAAUCGAUUCGACUGCAUUGUAAUCAGCGGAAGCAUUUUUGAAGUCGUCUACGCAUCGUUCAACGAGAAUGCAUCUUUCGGCAUCUCAGUUCUUCGGGCGUUACGUUUGCUCAGAAUCUUCAAAGUGACUCGUUAUUGGGCAUCUUUGCGGAAUCUGGUGUUGUCCUUGUUGAGCUCAAUGCGAUCCAUUGUCAGCUUGCUGUUUCUGCUCUUCUUAUUCAUCCUUAUAUUUGCUCUCCUUGGAAUGCAGCUGUUUGGAGGAAAGUUCAACUUCGAAGAUGGAACCCCUCCUGGAAAUUUUAACUCUUUUCCCAUUGCCUUAUUGACUGUCUUUCAAAUCCUUACCGGAGAAGACUGGAACGAAGUUAUGUAUAAUGGCAUCCGGUCAACGGGGGGCGCUUACGGAGCGGGCAUGGCCUACAGUGUUUAUUUCAUUGUUCUCGUGGUUUUCGGAAACUACACUUUGCUCAAUGUAUUCUUGGCCAUUGCCGUGGAUAACUUAGCCAACGCCCAGGAACUUACCGCUGCCGAGGAGAAAGCGGCAGCCGAAGCAGCUGCUCAGGAACAAGCCCAAGCGAUACCGGAAGUCCUUGAUGCGGAUGGUGACAUGCUAGAUUUGUAUGAUCUAACGGGGGUGCAGCCACCCCAAGUUAACAUUUGCCCUCCGUCACCCAGUCAUCAUGUCACUGCCGGGGGUCUAUCCGUUCCGUCGACGGCGCAUAGGAAAAAUUCGCUAAUUAUGGAAGGCUUGGUGAAGUCGUCGUCAGAUCGAAACAUGGAUCACAGCAAACAAAACGGUACUGCCAAUCUCACUGACGAUGAAAGCGAGACAACCGGAAGUGUGGCCAGCAGUGACUCGGAUUUGCGAAACAGAGCCGUCAGGGAUACGGCACCAAAGGUCAAACCCAUCUUGCCCUAUCGAUCAUUAUUUAUCCUGUCGCCGACAAAUAUAUUGCGAAGAUUAUGCCACAAUGUCGUUAACCUUCGAUAUUUCGACAUCUUCAUCAUGAUAAUUAUUUCUGCAAGUAGUAUAUCGUUAGCCGCAGAGGAUCCUGUUAAUGCCAACAGUUUUCGAAACAUUGUCCUUAUGUACACCGACUACGUGUUUACCGGCAUUUUUACUGUGGAAAUGGUGCUGAAAGUAAUUGACUUGGGUUUAUUACUACAUCCGGGCGCUUAUUGCCGCGAUCUGUGGAAUAUUUUGGACUCCAUUGUCGUAGUGUGCGCCUUGAUCGCCUUUUCCUUUGGACAAUUUGGAGACGCCUCUGGUGCUGGAGCGAAAGCUAAGAAUUUUAGCGUGAUCAAAUCGCUUCGUGUUCUUCGUGUGUUGCGACCGUUGAAAACCAUUAACCGAGUGCCGAAACUGAAGGCCGUUUUUGACUGUGUGGUCAAUUCGCUCAAGAACGUUCUCAACAUUCUUGUGGUCUACAACCUCUUCCAGUUUAUCUUUGCUGUCAUUGCCGUGCAAUUGUUUAACGGGAAAUUCAAUUACUGCACGGACGAAACCAAGUUGACACAGUUCGAAUGCGAAGGGGAAUUCUUUGUAUACGAAGGAAAGAAGCUCAUACCGAGAGUUGAGAAGCGCGAAUGGAGGCUGCGGGAUUUCCACUUUGAUAACGUGUUCUAUGCAUAUUUAACACUCUUUACAGUGUCCACUGGUGAAGGAUGGCCUCAGGUUUUGCACCAUUCUAUGGAUGCCACUCAGGAAGGGCGCGGACCACUUCCGUCAUACAAAAUGGAAAUGGCGAUUUUCUACGUGGUUUACUUCAUUGUAUUCCCCUUCUUUUUUGUCAAUAUCUUUGUGGCCUUGAUCAUCAUCACAUUUCAAGAGCAAGGAUCAAAAGAACUAGUGGACGGAGACCUUAAUAAGAAUCAAAAAUCCUGUAUCGACUAUGUGAUUAGCGCGCGACCUACUUCACGAUUUAUGCCUGAUAAAGCCAAGGAACCCUGGAAGUAUAAAGUGUGGUCGUUUGUCGUUUCGCAAGGAUUUGAAUAUUUCGUCAUGGCCAUGAUCACAUUGAACACUCUCGUUCUGCUAAUGAAACACGACGAUUCCAGUGAGAAAUUUAAAGAAGUUGCAAAGUAUAGCAACAUGGUGUUUACUUCGCUGUUCUCGGUGGAAUCCAUGUUGAAAAUUGUCGCCUUUGGGUUAAAGAAUUAUUUCCGUGAGCAAUGGAAUAUUUUCGAUUUUAUCACCGUGAUCGGAAGUAUCAUUGAUACGUUCGUUUCCGAAAUCGGAGAAGAGGAGUUCCCCAGUCUCAGUUUUUUGCGAUUAUUUCGUGCUGCCCGUUUAGUAAAAUUGCUGCGGCAAGGAUACACCAUUCGAAUAUUACUCUGGACGUUUAUACAGUCAUUCAAAGCGCUACCUUGGGUGUGCCUUCUCAUUGGAAUGCUCUUUUUCAUAUAUGCCAUUAUUGGAAUGCAGAUUUUCGGAAACAUUGAACUUGACCCAUUCCGAGAAAUUAAUGCACAUAGUAACUUCCGUUCCUUCGCUUCGUCGCUGCUGGUGCUCUUCCGGUGUGCCACCGGAGAAGCCUGGCAGCGUAUAAUGCUGUCAUGUCUCAGCGGACAGCAGUGUGCAGCGGAGUCAGACCAGCAAGGGCCGCAGUGUGGCAUGGAUAUGGCGUAUGGCUAUUUCGUGUCUUUCGUUUUUCUGUGCUGUUUCCUGAUGCUGAACUUAUUUGUUGCGGUCAUCAUGGACAAUUUUGACUAUUUGACGCGUGAUUCUUCCAUUCUUGGUGCACAUCACCUGGACGAGUACGUGCGGUGGUGGGCGGAAAAGGAUCCUGGUGCUGUAGGUCGAAUAAGAUACUCGGAGAUGUACGAGCUUCUCCGGAAUAUGACCCCUCCGGUAGGAUUUGGCCGGCAGUGCCCAUACCGACUGGCAUAUAAGAAACUGAUCAAAAUGAACAUGCCGGUCGAUGACGAUGGGACGGUGCAUUUUACAACGACUCUUUUUGCACUGAUUCGUGUAUCGCUGGAAAUAAAACUGCGGGACCGUAAGAACUACUUUUUUCAUACGGAUUUGCAGGGAAUUAGAUGUUUAAUGAUGUUGGGUUCAUGUUUAGCGGAUGAAAUGGAUCAGGCUGACGAGGAGCUACGGCAAACAAUACGCCGAAUGUGGCCGAUUCAGGCAAAGAAAAUACUUAACCUUCUAGUGCCUCCUGAUGAUGAAUUAACCUAUAAAAAACUAACGGUUGGAAAGAUUUAUGCGGGCCAUUUGAUCCUUGAAAACUGGAGGAACUAUAAAGAGCAAAAAGCAAAGGGCAUCAACACUGGAUUUGCCCAGCCGGUUCGCAAGGAUUCGCAAUCAGCAGAUGGGCGUCAAACCACAAUAUUCUCCAAAGUGCUGGGAGCUGUCCGGGAUAGCAAACAUCAUCAUAAAAGCGACCUUAGUCUGGAACGCAUAGGAGAGGAUCCGUCUCGAUCGAGAAUCCAUUCGCUUUCUCAUGGGUCAAUCAUAAGUGGUAAAGAUACUGACAACGCCGGAAGCCCAGAUUCCAGAUCUUUUACGAGAUCGUUCAGUAUUCUGCGAAGAGGUAGUUAUCGGCGAAAAACCGAAGACACGGUACAUGCGUCAGCGCCGCCAGAACAGUCGGACCCUGGACGCCGCGAAUCGCACGAUUCCAUUUCUAAAUUUUCUGAACCGGCCAGAGAAGGUGGUUACACCACAGAUAUGUCGUUGCCGACAUUAACCAUCGAAGAAGAACGAAUGUCCCCAACGGAGGAAGAAUUGCUAACGGAACCGGAAAUGCAAGACAACGGAGGCCGAGCAGUCCACUUCCGGCAUCCAUAUGACGAAACCAUGAAUCCUCCGUCCAGAUCCCUAUCACCGGCAUCGGCAUUCUCGCAAUCUUCAGCCGAUACUAAUCUGCUCAACGCAAUAGAGGCUGCAAGAAUGAAAAACCGCCGAGUGCGGGAGCAGCAGCAUAUUGAUGACCAAGUGAACCGGAAGUACACCAACGUCUACACCGGCGACAACACCCACCUGCGACCAGUCGGCUUAUCGAUACAUCACCUGUCGCGGCUGAACGCGCAAGCGGCUCGGUCGCAUGUCACCCAUCCACCCCCGCGUCCCGUCAACGGACGCAGUUGGGAAUCGGAAGUGUCGCCGAAUCAGCACAUACAUCGCUGGAUGUCGCCGCCACCGGGUGAGGACCGUCUGGUCGAUGCACGCCGCCGUCUGCCGAAUAAUGCCAAUCCCCAGUGGUCGGGGCGCAAAUUGCCCAUGCCGCCGCCGGGCACCCAGUAUCCGCCCGUUUCACCCGGCUAUGUCAGUGGCAGUAGUAGCAGAAUUCCACCGCCGUAUGCCGCUACACAAGAUAGAAGAUUUGUCAAGGCACAGCCGGUUAGGCAGGAAAGCCGCGAGUCAAGGAGAUUUUUGCCCACCGCACCGGAACCAAAGCCCUUGUAUGGCAACCGUCUGUUUCCUCACCCCAUGGAUUAUACGGAGACUGAAACUGAUUUUGAAACUGAAGAUGAUCUCGGCUGGGCUUGAAACAAACAAUAAGACCGUUAAAGCCAGCUGAUCCAGAUAUUUGUUUGAGUAUUAUGUUUUGUAUAAAUUAAAACAGUACUCUCCUUACAUUGUUAGUUGAUCUCGAUAAUGGGUAACAAUUCACCGGUGAAUAUUUUUUAAAGCAUUUAAUCUUUUUUUUGCAAUCAGAUUAGUCGAGAAUGGAAUAUUGCGGAAGCCCGCACA